AAUUCUGGCAGUAUAAGAAUCUAUAUUGCAGCUGAACGAUGUAUGGCAAGAUCUAUUUGUAUUGAAGUAGAUUUGCUAUUAAAAUGCAAUGGGAUUAAUAAAUUCCUUUUCAUUGCACAUUCUAUGUCCACAUUGAAACAGUAUGUAUAAUUUUUUUCAAGUCCUCAAUCAAGUUCAGAUCUACCUCAUCUAUAGCAGAGAAUAGGAUGGAGUAGAAGGUCUAAAAAUUUUCUUAGACUUAGAAGGUAGAUUUAUCUUCAGGAUCUAGAGAGACUGUAGCUAAAAGGUACUAUAUGUUACAAUAAAAACAAACACAUGCUCUCAGUGAAUGGAAAUUACUUUUAAGAAAAUUUCAUAUUGCUAUUCUUUUUAUUAUUAUCAUUACACAAUUAACAAGAUUGAAAUGUUUGCAUUAAGAAUGUGGAAUAAAAUGCAUUAAAUUUUUAUUCAUUAUAAUACCACUUAAGUAAUAAUUCUUAGAUAGCAAAUUUAUUUAAUAAAAUAAUUUAUAUUACACAUAUAUCUGCAUUUCUUUAAUACUCAUACUAUGGAUAAUUCUAAUUUUAUGUUUUGAUCUCGUGCUAGAACUUUGAUCUUACUUUAAAGAUGAAUGUAAUGAAUUGGAACUUAGAACAAAAAUGUUUAGAAAGUACAUUGUCAUUGCGAGAUUUACGAGCGAAAUUAUUUCCUUCGAAAGAUCGAAAACUUGAUCGUGCACCAACAUUAAGUAAAGACAAUUAUACUUCCAAAACUUUGGAAGGCAAUUGGUUUGAACGUAGAGCAAUUUAUAUUCCUCAGCCUAUUGAUUGGAAAACUACAUAUAAUAUGGAUUAUGAAUUUCACAUGAAUAAAACUUGGGAAGAAAAUCGAAUUGCAAAAUGGGAUAACAAAAUUAAUCUUGAGGGUUUAACUAGAGAAAAAUUACUUAAUCAUAAAAAGGAAUAUUACAACAACAUGACAACAACCUAUGAUUUGUCUUACAAUAUUUUACCAAAAGGUCUUGAAGAACCUAAGAUCAGAACAUAUCACCCAAGAAAACGAAAAUGGAUCCCAGAACAAGAUCUGACAAGAAAUUAUGGUAAUUUAACGAACUUUGGUCUGAAGGAGGCAAUAAAUAAAGAUUUAUAUGAAAAUUCGAAAGAAGGAUUAGCCAAAAAUCGAUGGAACACUAUUUACAGGGAAGAAAUUAGUCAGUUAGCGGGAAUAAAUAUUACGCCAAACACUCAAUUUAACAGACGAACAGUAAAUUUUAAUGUACCCGAUCUUACACAUUUUAAAUGUAAUUUAUUAAAUAUGGAACCCUGUUUACUUCCAUUUAAAGUUAAGAACUUAAAGGAAGAUUUAAAAUUAAAAUGUGGAAAUGCUAUGUAUAUAUGAAUUAAUUUGUUACAUUCUGUACGAAUAUGAUACUUCAUAUAAAUAUAUUAUCAUGUAUAUUUUAUUACAUUAUUUUGAUGCAAUAUUGUGAUAUAAUAAAUAUGUUUACAAUUUUACAAAUGUGCAAAAAACCUUAGAUUUAUGAUUUAUACAUGUAAUAAAAUUUUAAAUGCAAUAUAAGCCUUAAAAACUAAGCUCUUAUCACUUUUGUUCAAUUUAAAAGUCGCAUUUAAAUUAUUAGUACAGUCUUAUUGUUGUUUAGUUAAGAGAAAAAUAAUUGAUAUAUGGAAGCACAAAUAUACAAUUGAAACCUAGUUUACUUUAAAACUAGAUUUCAACAUUCUAGUUUAAUCUUAGAAAAGAUAAAAACAAAUAAAAUAAGGAUCAGAGCUGAAAGAAGAGUCGUUAAAAACAGAAAAAUAAAGAGAGAAAAAUGAAACUGAGAGAGGAAGGAAUACAAUGUUUGUUCCAAACUGGUAUGAAUGGACAAAUAUAAUAUUAAUAUGAAAGAAUAACUAAAAGUCACACAAAAAAUAGAAAUGCAAAAUAUGUAGAAAAAACAUAAUGGAUGUUUCAUAUCUGGAAGGCAAGGGAAAUGGGUAAAAACAAAAUUAAAGAAACUUGUAAAGUUAAUGUAAACAAACUACUGAUGCGCAUUAUGUAUAUUAUAAUAUGGAAACCAUCUUUCUAAAAACAAAAGACGCAGAAAGAAAUACACAAAAAGUAACACUUAUUAUAACAACAGUAUCCUUAACAAUAUCUAUGAUCAAUUUGUUAAUAUAUUGUGAAGAAGUUAAAUCGUAUAAAUAAGAGUUAUUAUUAUAAAAUGAAUGUUACUUCACAUUGUUUUAAUUUGUUGGCUUAGGUACAUAUCUCACUAAUGAACACAUAUGAAAAAGUUUUCAUUCAUUUUAACUUCAAUGAUUUAGAAUAUUUUGCAGUACUGUAACAUGCCAGUAUUUAUGUAGAUUAUUGUCUGAAUCCAAUUGAUGAAAAAAGGGACAUAUACAAAACAAACUUAUUAAUUACUCUUAUGUUACCUUAUGAUACAGACAGAGAUCUAUGAUAACAGAAAAUAUUAUAUUGGCAGUGUUAACAUCUGAUUACUCAUCAGGUUAAAGAAGUUCUGUUUCAUAAGUUAAUUACUGUUUAAUAAAACUUUACUGUGUAGUAAAAGUAAUCUAUCUAAUUACUUUAAUUAAGACAAUAAUUAAUUAACAAAUCGAUAUUUGGAAAACAUCUGUUUUUCAUGGUGAAUCUCACCUUCUUCAACAGACCAUACUUUGCAGAACAUCAUGUAUAUAAAUGGUAAUAUUAACUAGGUAAUCUGUAACUAAGUAAUCUUUACUAUAACUAAGUAAUCAUAUAAAAAAUUGUAAUUUAUAUUCCGGUUAACGUAAUAAUGUAGUCCAGAAAACUGUUAUAUUUAAAAUAAGGGAACCACAUAAAACAACUGAUAACCAAACUGGAACUGUUACAACAGUUGUGUGACACGGAAGCGUUUGUAUUUCAGAGGGAUUCUUAAUAUCAUUUUCAUUUACCGUUUGUGUCUGUAAACACUGAUCCAUAAAAGCAGAACCAUUUUUUUGACCUGUCUGAAAUAGUAAUAAUUUCUGUGGAGUAUACAUAUUAGAUGAUGUAAAUUUCGCUGCCUGGUUAUUAACUGAAUUUUUUAAGUCUGGAAAUGGGAACUGCAGACUUGAUUGAUAGAAGGUUCUAUUAGGACUAAUAUUAGUUUGUUUUGUAAUGUGAUAAGAUUGAUUAAAAUCUGACAUAAUCGAACACUGAUCGAAUUCAUGUAUGGAUGGUUCCCUAGAUGGAUAAAAAUUAGAACCGACAGAACCGAAACCAGAACUUGGGCUGGAUGAUCUAGAUAAUGAUGGUGGAUCCAUACCAUCUUGCCAGUAUCCAUCAGUUACCCAUGUUGCUUGAGUAACUGACUUUGAUUUAGGUGGGGACAAACUAUUCUUCUUACUCAAGGUGCCAUUUAAUCUUUUAAAAAGCUUGGAAGUUUCUGUGCUAUAUACUUUUCUUUCAAAAAUCUUCGGUGCUUUAUUUUUUAUUGUAUACUUCGAUUUAUCUUCACUCAAAGAUAAUGUGCUUAAGAUACUUAAACUGUCAUUCAAUGAACAGUUUUCAGCCAUAUUGGUUUUAUGUGUAGACAGAGACAGAGAAUUAAAUAAUAGGCUGUUAUUAUUAACUGGUGUUGUUGUUAAUUGUGAUUCUUGAUUUGUGCUGUAACGUUUAAAAAAAAUACCACUACUUGAAAUAAUAGUGUUUGGUGCUGAUAGUAUGUAGAUAUUAGUAACAAAUUAAAAAAUAUUACUUACAAUGGAAUUUGAAAUAGUGUACGUUUAUUAAUUGAUUUACCCAUAUAAAAUGGUAUAGACUCAUUCGUUAUAUUCGGUGAAAAUUUAUUACUAAUUGAUUCACCUACAUCACUUGUGAUUUUAGUAUCAAAACUAUGUUCAUCAUCUGAAGUUGUCAUGUACGAACCAGAUAACAUUGUAUUUUUAGAGGAAGAUCCUAGUUUUUUGAAUGACAUAUUUUUAUUCAUUGUACUUUUGUGUGAUUUAGGCUUAAUAUUAAUAAAGCCUAUAAUUGAAGUAAACAACAUUAUCUAAAAUGAAAAAUUAAAUAAGUUUUUAUCAAAGCAUAACUGUAAAUGCAAUUUAUGUAAUUUAUUAUCUUACCAUGUGAUAUUGAGUUAUAUAUUCGAAAGAAAACCAUUUAUUAUGUAAAUUUAGUUUCAUUAUCUUUGAGUCUUUAUAAGGUAAAAGUAUAAUAAUACAGAUCCAUAAAAACAUAAGCAAUAUAUCAGAACUUUUUCUUCUGGCAGAAGCUACGCAGCAAGUACAGAAUUGAAAAAAUAAUCCUCCGAUUGGCAAGAAUAUGAGAUCCAUGUUGUACACUACCAUAGAGUCAAAAAUUGUUGAAAUUAUUCUGAAUAUUGGUUCAGAAUAUUUAGCAUUCUAAGAAAGAUAAAAAAAAACUUACAACAUCAGUUUAAUCUUUUUUACAAGAUACAUUAUAUAUACUCACAUUAGUAAUUACAUCAAAAGGUUUUUGCUUAAACAGCAACAUUUUAUAUUCUGCAAGCCAUAAUGCUUGUUUGUAUAAUAUAUUAUUUACUGUACUUUUACAUUUUGUGCACAGUGGAUAUUCCUGUUCUAAACUUUUUUUAAAUUGUUUUACUUCCCGGUCAUAAUUCCUAUCAUUUGUAGGUACAUAGUUUGACAAUUUUGAUAAUUUUAGGGUUUCAUUUUUUGUACAUUGAUUACAGAGUCCAUUUGUUGAAACUUUAUUAAUUUUUGUACUUUGAUCAAUAGAGCAAUACCUCUUGUUAUUAUAUGUAGAUGUUUUGUAUUGUUCUGGUAUGCUAUAUGCAUAAUCACCAUUCUAAAAUUUGAUAUGAAAAAAUGAUAGAAAUUAUUUUUCAAA